AUGUCUGCGUCUCCUAAAGUGUGGUCUAAAUUCUCAGCGAAGAGGAAAGAUGGCAGUGUGCUCAAAUUACGUAUAAUGGAUAUGCCCAGAGUUCCCAGUGUGCAAGAAAAAGUUUUAGACUUACUUAUGAAAUAUUUCGUAACAGAGGAACACACUAUUCUUGCAGCAGGAGUAGCAGACAGCGAAGAAGCAAUGCAAGAAAUGACUGCAAUGCAAAAUUAUAUGUUGACUAUGGAGUCAAUGCAUAUUGUCAUCUGCUGCUCAGACACCGAAGACGAUCAGAUUGGUGAUAUUAUGGGAUGUUCAAUGAUGAUGUUUACAAAAAAAGGAGACCCAAAACUAGAGGUGGAAUUUAGAACGAAAGAAUUGAAGAAACUUAUGGAAAUAGUCACAAAUGGUUUCGGGGAAAGUUACGAUGAAAUGAAAGUGUUUGAUUUAGAUCUCUGCUUAUACGCUAGGGGGAUCAGUGUACACCCCAAAUACAGAGGCCUUGGGAUCGCUCAGGAAUUUCUUAGAACCAGGCGACUUAUUUGCAAGGAGUUUGGUAUACCUAUUACUGGAGCCUGGAUGACGGCAAUCGGUACACAGAAGGCGGCGGAGCGUGACGGCUGGGAAACUGUCUGCGAGCUCCAACAUGCAGACUUAGAGAAGAAGUUCAACGUCAAAUACGCAAAAGAUCCACCUUCUACUAAAUUUAUGAUCGCCAGAAUAGAACUGUAA